UGCUUCUUCCUGUAACUCUUACAUUCAAGGAAAGAAAAGUCUGGUCAUCCAUUUCAAUUUUCUAGUUCUGUGAAGCCCUGGCCUUCCUUUGCCCUUAAUUACCCCAUAAAACAUUAAAACCCAGAUCAUCUCCACACACACACACACACACACACACACAUUCUUGAUCCUUGCCAAACUCUUCCAUCCGUCAGCGGAAACCAUUACCAAAUAAAUUACUACAAUCAUGUAUGACUCCAAUAACAACACUACUACUGCACCUCCUCAUGUUGUUCUAGUUCCACUAAUGGCACAAGGACACACAAUCCCCAUGCUUGACAUGGCACGGUUGUUGGCCCAGCGUGGCGUGCACGUCACCUUCAUCACAACACCAGUGAACGCGUCGCGCAUCAAACCCAUCAUAGCCCGCGUGCACGAGUCCAAACUCCCUAUAAACUUCAUCGAGAUCCCUUUCCCCUGCGCCGAAGCCGGCCUCCCCAUCGGCUGUGAAAACUUCGACCUCGUCCCCUCCAUUGAUCUAUUUGUGAACUUCUUCCAAGCCAUCCAACUCUUCGCCCACCCGCUCGAACAAAGCCUCAAAGAUCUCGUCCCCCGUCCGACCUGUAUGAUCAAUGAUAUGAGCAACCCGUGGGCCGCAAACGUCGCACGUUCACUUAACAUUCGGACCCUUAUCUUUCAUGGCCCUUCUUGCGUUUACAUCUAUUGUAGUUAUGUUUUUCAGCAGCAUAAGAUUUAUGAGACUGUUACUGAUGAGUUUGAGGAAAUUUCAGUGCCUGGUUUGGCUGAUAAUGAUGAUGAUGAUGUUGUUGGUCAGAGUUUUAAGGUAUGCAAAUUGCACGCACCAGGGUGGUUAAACGCGCCGGGUUUUGAGAAGUUUCGUGAUGAGAUUUUGCAUGCAGAGGAGACUACUGAUGGGGUGGUCAUGAACACUUUCCAUGAUGUUGAGCCUAUGUUUGUGGAGGCAUAUAAGAAGGUGAUUGGAAAGGAUGUUUGGACUGUUGGGCCACUGUGUUUGUAUGACAAGGAUGAUUUGAGUGCUAGGAUUGAGAGAGGGAACAAGGCUGCAGUGGAUUCAGAGAAGUUGUUCGGUUGGCUUGAUUCUAUGGAGGAAAGGUCUGUGCUUUAUGUUAGUUUUGGGAGUCUGACACGGAUGAAUGUGGGACAGAUAUUGGAGAUUGGGUCAGGACUUGAGGCUUCUGGGGUUCCCUUGCUUUGGGUUAUUAAGGAUGUGGAGAAGUCUCCGGAGGUUGAGGAGUGGUUGAAAGGAUUUGAGCAGAGGAUGAGUUUGAGGAGCUUUGUUAUCAAGGGAUGGGCCCCACAAGCAGCGAUACUCUCACACAAGUCUGUUGGUGGUUUUGUUAGUCAUUGUGGGUGGAACUCAACGUUGGAGGCAAUCUCAAAUGGUGUGCCAAUGAUCACUUGGCCGCAGUUUGCAGACCAGUUCUUGAAUGGGAGGUUAGUUGUGGAGUUGUUGAGGAUUGGGAUUGCUAUUGGAGUGAAGAAGCCAGCGUUUUAUUAUGGUAAGGAUGAGAUUCCAGUUAAGAAGGAUGAUGUGGAGAGGGCUGUGAGGAGGAGUUUGAUGGGUGAUGGAGAGGAGGCUGAGGAGAGGAGGAUAAGAGCUAUAGAGAUUAAAAAAAAGGCUAUUAAGGCCAUGGAAGAAGGUGGCUCUUCUUACAAGAAUAUAACUAGGCUCGUUGAGUACAUCAAGCAUGAACCUGGCAAGGAUGUGCAAGGGACUCAAGUUUAAAGUUUAAUAAAUUUGUAUAUAUGUAUUUCUAAUAUAUUUUGCAUCUCAGAACUUUGUAUUUCUAUUUUUCAGCAAUAUGUUAUAUGUCAUGCUUGUUUUUAUAAAUGGAAAAUAACUUAAUUAGACCAUACAUUUUAACACAUA